AACCAUGUCGCAGCAGGAGCAGCCGCUUCCGAUCAGCGCGAGCGGCGCGGAGGGCGCUGACGUGGACGAAUCAGGGGUGGCGCAGUCGCCGUCGUCCGCGAAUCCCGCCGCGCCGUCCUUCGCGUCGUCGUCGCUCUACGUGGGCGAUCUGGAUGUUAGCGUUACAGAGGCUCAGCUCUUCGACCUCUUCUCGCAGGUGGGCCCUGUGGCGUCCAUCCGCGUGUGUCGCGACAUGGUCACGCGGCAGUCGCUGGGAUACUCGUAUGUCAACUUCAGCAGCAGCCAGGAUGCUGCGCGAGCCCUUGACCUACUGAACUUCACAAACGUGGCUGGGCGGCCUAUGCGCAUCAUGUUCUCGCACCGGGACCCAUCCAUCAGACGCAGCGGCACUGGCAAUAUUUUUAUCAAGAAUCUCGACAAGAGCAUUGACAACAAGGCGCUCUACGACACCUUUGCAGCGUUCGGCUCGAUCCUCUCCUGCCGCGUUGCUAUGGACGACAGCGGAGCCUCUAAGGGGUUUGCGUUUGUGCAGUUUGAGAAGGAGGAGGUGGCAAAGGCGGCUAUCGAGAAAGUCAAUGGCAUGCUUAUUGCCGGAAAGCAGGUGUUUGUGGGUCCCUUCGUGCGCAAGCAGGACCGCAGUUCAAACGACAGCGACGGCAUGGGAGGAGGGGGAGGGGGAGGGGGAGGAGGCAGAGCAGGCAACCAGCAGCAGCAGCCUCAGUAUACCAACCUCUACGUGAAGGGUUUAGGAGAGGAGACUACCGAUGAGGAGCUUCUGAAGGGGUGGUGGUGGGGGGGUGGGGAGGGGGAGGGGAAGGGAGGGGAGGGGGAGGAAGCAGGCAAGGAGGGGGCGAAGGAAGGGAAGGAAGGGGAGAAGGGCGGGGAGGAGACAGAGGAGGGAGAAACGAAUGAUGGGGAAAAGAAAGAGGAAGAAACGAAGGAGGGAGAAGCGAAAGAGGGGGAAGCGAAAGAGGGGGAAGCGAAAGAGGGGGAAACGAAAGAGGGAGAAACGAAAGAGGGAGAAACGAAAGAGGGAGGAAAGAAGGGAGGAAAGAAGGGAGGGGGAGGAGCGGGGCGGGUGUGGUACGUUGCUCGGGCUCAGAAGAAAGCAGAGAGAGAGGCAGAACUGAAGCGGCGAUACGAGGAGGAGAGGCGGCAGCAGACUGAGAGGUAUUCUCAGAGGAAUUUGUACUUCAAGAAUCUGGAGGAGAGUGUGGAUGAGGGGGAGUUGAUGAAGAUGUUCCAAGAGUAUGGCACCGUCACCAGCUGUAAGAUUCUCAAGCACGAGACAGGUGGCAGCAAGGGUGCUGGCUUUGUGCUCUUUGCAAACGAGGCGGAUGCUGCAAAGGCGCUCACAGCACUGAACAGCAAGAUGGUGAAGGGAAAGCCGCUCUACGUGGCCGUCGCACAGCCAAAGGCAGAACGGCAGGCGCAGCUGCAGGCGAUGUUUCAGCAGCAGCGGGGGGGUGCGCCCCAUGCCCGGGCCCCGGCAGCUGCUGCAGGAGGGUACUAUGCCCCCCCAGGGGUGGUGGCGCAGCAGGGCGGGUUUUAUGCACAGCCAGGGAUGAUGCCUGUCCAGCCGCCGCACCCUUACUCCCAGCAGCCCAUGCGGCCGGGUAUGGUUCUACCAGCAGGCAUGGGGGGGGCGCCGGGUAUGGCAGGAGGCAUGGGGGCGCCGGGAAUGGUGCCGGGGGGAGCGCAAGGCAUGGUGGGGGGACUGAAUCCCAAUGUGUACAUGCGACAGCAGCAGCAGUAUGGGGCAGCACAAGGGGCGCCUGUGCAGCAGCAGCGGCAGCAGCGGGUGCAGGGAGGGCGCGGGGCAGGGGGUGUGCCUGGAGGGUUGGGAGGGCCAGUGCCGAUUCAAGUGCUGGCAGCAGCAGUGGCAUCGGCUCAGCCAGAGCAGCAGCGAGCGAUUCUGGGGGAGCAGCUGUACCCACUUGUGGCCCGUCAGGAGCCGGAGCAUGCGGGCAAGAUCACGGGAAUGCUGCUGGAGAUGGACAAGGGGGAGCUGCUCAUGCUGCUGCAGUCCCCAGACGCCCUCCGAGCCAAGGUUUCCGAAGCUCUCGAUGUGCUUCGGAUCGCCGCUGCCAUGGCGGCCGCCUCCACUGCGGACCAAGGCUCGGGAUGA